AGACCGAUAUCGGUCGUCUGCUAGCGACGUUCCGUGCAUUGCUAUGUAUUCCCACAGGUGUGUGUGUUUUUCACCGCGACGCCGUAUCACAUGUGAAUGUUGAUAUCGAAUGUGCAUGGACCACUGUGUGCUGAGCAAGAUUGAUCAAUGUAACCAUAUCGAUGUAACUCAUCUGAGAGCACGAGACAUCAUUCAUCGUCGGCUUGACAUACAAGCUUGGAAAUAUUAUUCAGAUAGGUGAAAACCUCCCGAUUCCAGUGGAUUUAUAUUUGUGGCGGAUUAAUCGGAUGAUCUUGAGUUUUUAUCGCAACGGAAUUUAUUGAAAGUUCAUAUCUCACCUAAACAACCCUGACUUUUACUUUGUGAUAUUCGUUUUACUUCAGUAUUGUGUACAUGGUCUGGUUCGGGAUAUAUACUAUCUCUAGAGCUGUGACUAUCGGUACAAAAAAUGGAGUGACAUUGUGAACUCAUACAAAUCAGCAAAGAAUUCCAUAUCAUAUCAAUAAUUAUUUGACUCAUCAUACCACUGAUUGACUAAAUCGUACAAAAAAUGACGGCGGCUAUUAGCAUGACCAACCCCGCCUCGGCGGGCCCGAUGGGAGUGGCCCAUUAUUACCGCGAGCCACAGGGACUGGAUACCCUCUCAAGGAAUUUUCAGUCAAGUGAACUUUUUACACCUUUCCAAGUUCCUCAGAGAUCUACAAUAUCAGUCAGCAGAUAUUCACACUUUCGAGAUGCUCUCGACAAAACCCCCCGUGUCCCCUGGGGUACGGCCCGUGAGUAUGGAGGCGCUGGCCCCAUCAAUCUACCGGAUGAUCACAGGCCCAAAAGUGAACCGCCCGCAGCGGUAGAGAAAGGACAUCGACAUUACGGAGCAGGAGUCAAUCCCUAUCCCAGAGGGAUCCCCAUCGACCAAUACUACGACCUCACGCUACUCAAGAGGAGUAACAUCAGAUCAAAUGAUCAAUUAUUACCAAGGCCAACGGAAGUUGAUAUGACCAAGCUCUCGAUAGACCAGCCCUUCCCUGCCGAGCAUCCCUACAGUUCCCACAUGUCCCGCUUUGCCAUGUUUCCAAGCUUUGCCUCCACACCUGAUGAUUAUAAGACAGGGGAGGCUGUCCGACAGCAGCAACCCCUUCACCCAGAGAUCCCUGCUAAUCCUAACCCUAUCACCAUCAACUACAAGAGCAAGGGAGCCCGUGAUCGCGUUGAGACAGAACAUAUUCCUCAUGACUCUCAGAAGAAAGCUCUCUCAUGGCCUGGUGAUCUAUUCUUCCAGAAUAAGAAGACGCCCGCCAGUGGUCAACAGCAGUUCUACCCAAUCCCGCCCAAGGCUGUCAUUCCCAACCACGCCCCUCGCAAGCUAGACCACACCCUCAAUCCACGUACAGCCAACGCCCUCCGCAACGUGGAGAGGUCGCAAUGGACGACCACGUAUAACCGCGCCCAUGCCGGCUACGGACCCGCCAACACCCUCGACCUGGACAACCUGGAGGAUAAGAUGGAGAUGGAGAAGAAGCUGAGAAUCGAGGAUCAUAGUUUGAACCCUCGCAGCUACCCAACCUUCAUGCCACCCCGCCCUAUGGAAGGUAGGAUCUCACGUCUGAUCGGUCCCAACCAGAUGGUACGAUGUGUGGUCAAGGACGGAAGGAUUCUCUAUGUACCCUACUACCCUAAGAUCGAGAUUGAAAUGGACAAGGUUCGUGAGCAUAAAAACCUGCCAACCGAGACAACGGAACAGUUCCAGGACCCCACUCUGACCAAGCAGUGGGAACGUCUUCAGUCCGCCCAGCAUCCUGAUGGCCACCUCAGUAAGAUCGAGGAGAAGAAACGCGAGGCGGCUGAGAAUGCAGACCCAGCCAAUACUCUACCCAUCGGUGACAACAGCUACAAGCCUGUAGAGAAGGUCAAGGAGUCGACCUACCUCCAGGACAUGGCGGUUAAUCGUCGGGCCGAGGUGGAAGACAUGGCGCACAAGGCUAGGUGGAAGCAGGCUGAACUCCAAGAGCACCAUCAUGACUUGAAAGAACUGAAGAGGAAAGUGGACUACACGACGCCAUCUCUGCAGAAGCAGGUCUACUAUGACAGUCUACACAAGACGUAUACAUCUAAACCACCCUUCUACUAUGAUGGUGAUAACCCAUAUGAACACGACUAUGUAACUCCAUGGGACUAUCACAAGACGUCAGCCAUUACAGAUCAAUACAAGAUCGAGUCCCAUGCUGCUAAGAUUCGAGAGAAGGUGCAGGAGAAGAUUGACGCACAGUUUCCUGGUACUCCUGGGCGCAACCCAUACGUCAUGCCCAAGUACACGCAGGAUCAGCUAAUGAAUGGUCGUCCUCGGACUGUGGAAGGUGAAAAGGUUCAGAAGCCAGUUCCGCAGUCCACUUAUGUCUACAGCUACACACCCGAGAAUAUAAAGACCAUCGUGACUCCUGAUCAGCCUAGGUUUGACCUCUGGGAUGCCAACCGUCCUCUACCACAGAUCUACAACAGCAACGCGACCACAGCAGCGUCACCUAAUAGCAAAACCAGCAGUGCCUCGAAGCAAGUCUCGAUUUCAGACACGGUCAAAGUAGCUAACGGUGGAAAUGCAGAGCCUCUGCGGACCCAUGAACAACCCAUGACAAGCCACGAGCAGAUGUUACGUACCAGCAUGAACGGUCCCACCGAGCCUGCAGCCCACAACCCGGGAAGCAAUCCUGUCGUUGAUGCACGCCAUUCCAAUCCAGAAGGGAACCGUGACUGGAGGUUCGAUUGGACUCCAGGCUACGCCUUGGGACCAAGACCCCAAACGACUCUUCUGAAUCAGCAGAACUCCUUCACCAAGACGGGUACCCGUGCGGAAUUCAACAACACCUUUGGAGAGACGAAUCCAGAUCUCCGUGAUAAUAUCUCUGAUGGAAAGAAACAUGAGUUUCAAGGAGAGAAUGCAUUCUCCUGGCACUGAAUGAAGGGCAAUGCCUGUCCCUAGACAAUAUUAUAUGGACAUACUACGAAUAGCGCAGGCCCAGUGCCCUUGUAACUGUAAUAAGGCAAAGGAACUUCACCCUUCGUGGCAAUGGGGAUCAAAUGAUAGAAUCCCAAACGCUUGUGAUGUCAUGUCAGGGUUGCUCCGAGGUCUGAAGGGCUUCCUUGAGGACGUGGGUUAAUAGACUUUCUUAUAACUUUUUCAAUGACAAAUUGAAUUUGCGCUAGAUAUCGACGAGUUUUGAAGUGGGUUUCGUAAUGGAGGGCAAAUAAUUAUAUGAAGUGAGUUGAUGUGAUUAUUAACUUGGUAUAUUCACAACUCGAAAUGAACGAGUGUUGUGGAUGCAUAAAUGUUUUUGUUUAAAUAUGUUAUGAUCGGCCAAACUAAAGCGUAAAACUUCUUACUUCCUAUUUCUGCCACAAUCUUCCCAAAUCUCUCUCUCCCUCCCUCCACCCUCUUUAUAUAUUCCUCUCUUUCUUUUUGUGCUUGUAUAUCUUUCCUUGUACAUUUCAACACUUCUUCCGUCUGUC